UGUAUCUGCGGUAAUGGUUGCUAGUUACAGUGGAAAUCACUCCCCGAAAAAUGUUUAGAUGACCUUGGAAGUCGUUCCUGUAGGAAAACAUAUGCUACCAAGGAUUCAAGAUAGAGUUUGGUAGCAAGAAGGACCAUUUUAAAGGGACUAACAUGCAUGUCUUAGCCCUCAUUAUUAGGAACGCCGGCUUCGCGUCCGCCAUUAUGGGUUCAACUGAAUAUAUCUUACAAAGUCAUCCCUUGCUGUAGCAAGGAGUCAGUAUGGUAUUUUCCUCUUUGAACGCUGAAGCCAUGAUUUUCAAAUAUAGAGGGACUACUAUACGUCUCUUUAGUACAAAACUGUUUAUUUUGGUUAUGGUGGGAAUUGGAGCAGUUAUUGCGGUGCUGACGCUACACGAGAUCAUUGCCUUCGACCCGUCUGGCAAUAUCGACCCUCCUCCUCAUAAUAAUGGUUUUUAUCUAAAUCGGCCGCAGAUCAAUGCGCUUGUGACAACAUCAAUCGAAAACGCUAUCAAAACUGAAGCAAGGAAUGAAAAUAUAAACAUAAAUGUCCCGCAAGAGAGCUUACGUGUUACUACAAAGCGACCAACAAUAAAAAUUUCUCUAAACAAAAGCGUUGAACCUGAGAUUCAGAAACUUAGACAUUUCGUAAAGAAUAUGAAUGACGAACAGUACAUCAGAAAUGGCGACAAAUUCGGUACGACUUUGUCUCCAAGUUCAAUUGUGAUCAUUAUUCAAGUGCACGAUAGAAGUGAUUAUUUUUCUCAUUUACUGAAUUCUAUGAGGCGCUCGAGAGGAAUCGAAGAUGCUUUGCUUAUUGUCAGUCACGACUAUCACUCCGAGGAAAUGAACAAACUGGUGGAAUCCAUCGACUUUUGUAGAGUCAUGCAAAUCUUUUUCCCAUUCUCAUAUCAGCUGUAUCCAAAUGAGUUUCCUGGAACUGAUCCUAAGGACUGCCCAAGAGAUAUCAGCCGUGAGAAAGCUAAAGAAAUGGGCUGUAUCAAUGCAGAGACUCCAGACAUGUAUGGUCACUACAGACAAGCACCAUUUACUAUGAUAAAACAUCACUGGUGGUGGAAGGCAAACACAGUAUUUGACAUGCUGAAUGUUACAAAAGACUAUGCAGGUCCAGUUUUAUUCCUCGAAGAAGAUUACUAUGUUAGUCCAGACUUCUACCACAUGUUAAAAUUAUUGUACAACAGCAAAAUGAGUGGUUGUAAGGAAGACUGUGAUUUGAUAACCUUGGGCACAUACAGAGCUGUGGAUAAUUAUGAGCUGAAUGGUGCUAAAGAUGUGGCAGCCCUUUCAGUUUGGAGAUCCCACGAACACAACAUGGGGAUGGCAUUUGAUAGAGUGACAUGGAAUAAAAUAAAAAAAUGUAGUGAUGUUUUUUGCAAGAGCUAUGAUGAGUACAAUUGGGAUUGGUCUUUGAUGAAGAUAAGUGUUUCCUGCUUGCCACAGCCAUUCAAGUCACUCAUCCUCAAGGGCCCAAGAGUUUUUCACCUGGGAGAAUGUGGUCUUCAUCACAAGAAAACUGAUUGCAAGAUUGACGCUACUGUGCAGAAGUUCCAAACCAUCAUAGAGAAGAACACAAACAGCCUAUUUCCACCCUCCGUGAACAUACAGGAAGGCGACCACAAUCUUGCUUCUAAAUUUAGUCCUAAUGGAGGAUGGGGGGAUACAAGGGAUCAUGCACUGUGUUUCCAGUUGAUGCAAAAGAGAUGAUGCACAAUAAAGGACCCAAGUGAUUUUUGGGUAAUGCGAAUUCAUACUCUAGGAGGAGGUAAAUUUAAGGUGUUUUGUUUAAUAGCAGAAUGAUCAACUUCUAGUCUGCUAUUCCAUGGAUCAAAACCAAUGCUAUGGAAUUAAAGUGAUGAAACUUUUAGCAGGUAACAAACAGAAAGUAUUUUUUCUAGAUUAAUGAUAAAUUCUCUAAUGGCUGAUGUUCCAGUUGUUUUAUAAUAUUUGUUUGUUUGUUUGUUUUUUUUUUAAUCCAUUACCUACCAAUCAUUCUAGAUUCUAGAAAUUUAAGGUUACACUAAUUUUUUAGAUGUAAGUACUCUUGUAAACAAUGUAUUUAAAACAAAGUAACUUUUGCAUACCAUCCUGUGAAUAUUAGGUAAGUUUAGGAGUCAGAAGCCUGGUCCAGAAGGAACUUAUCACUGUUUUUUGUGUGUGUGCAUAAAGGCUUUGCUAACAGCUUGCCUCUACCCAUUUAUGAUUUUGUGUUGGAUAGACACAUUGUGAGAGGUUACAUGUAAGUGUCCUAUUCACUGAAAAAGCACAUGUCCCAACUGAUUGUCCAACGUGGACGGUGGGUCCCAGGCACUACUGGUAAUCUCUGUGCCAGUCCAUCUCUUGCCACAGAACAAUACAGAAGUUUACAAAACAGAUGUGUAGUAAUCUCUGUGCAACUUUUAUGGUGUAAGUGUUAGGUUUUUGGAUAUGAAUUGACGGCUGAAUUCCUUAAUAACUUUUCAAACCAUGAUUACACUGGAACAAAUUUCAAAGUUAUUGUUCUCAACAAGACAUGCACAUACAUUUGAAGGAUCCAUUCAA